AUGGAUUCCAUGAGGAGAAAGGAGAAGAUCAUUCCCACUUGCAACAACUCAUUGUGUUUCUUCUGCACCCUGAAGGAGCCGGACUCAUCACUCAGGACAGUCGGGAUAGCGAAUUUUUUCAGGGAAAUGCCUGUUAGAGAUGACCAAAGAGAUGUUUUGGUCCUGAGCAGUCUGUGGAAUAUUGCUAUGAGUCAACCCAAUGAUCCGGUGUUCCCAUCCCUCGGUAUCUUUGAUUGCAUGGCAAGGCUGAUUAACAAAGGUGUCAACGACAGAGAUUGGCUUAAUAGAGACCAAAAUAUUUAUAUACCUUAUUAUGCAGCUCAUGUUAUUGGAUCUUACACUAUGAACAAGGUUGAGUUUGCAGAGAAAGCUGUGCAGUCAGGAGUGAUACCUCCCUUAAUGGAGCUCUUAAGAGGAAAGAUUAGUUGGGUGGAGCAACGUGUUGCAGUUCGAGCAAUCGGCCACCUGGCAAGCUAUGAGAAAACCUUUGAUGCAGUAGCAGUUUACGAAGAGCAAGUAGUGAAAUUGGCUAUGAAAUUAGCUUCUACUUGCCUUGAUGUUGUGUACGUUAAUUUUGUUGAUAAGAAGAAAAGGCUGAAAUAUCACUGUGACUUGCUUACAAGGGGUGUAGGAGGAUCAGAAACGGAGAACCGGAAGGCUGAGGAGUGGGCUAGCCAACUUCAAUGCUGGUCCCUCUACCUACUGAAUUGCUUUGCUUGCAAAGAGAGGUCUUUGGAUCUCAUUUGUCAAAAAAAUUUCUUAAUCGAUUUGUGUUAUAUUUGGGGAGGACUGGUAAAUGAAACUUCACCAGCGGGGGUUGGACUCAUCAGAAUUUUGUGCUACAGUAAUACUGGAAGAAAGAAUAUUGCUGAAUCCAAAGAAGUUAUAGAGAAUCUCUGUAAUCUCUCGAGAUCUUCAGAUGAUUGGCAGUAUAUGGGCAUUGAUUGCCUUCUAUUCCUUCUCAAAGACCCUGAUACGAGGUACAAAGUUAUCGAAACGGCCACCUUGUUCCUUGUUGAUUUGGUUGAAUUAUGCAGCCUUCUAGACAGGAAAAAUUUGGGCGAAGCACUCACAAGAACUCUCCUUUUAGAUUAUAAAGAAACAAAACUGAAAUUUAAGAACAAAAAAUUUCAAACAGCACUAGAAGAAAUAUGGGAACUUAAAGUAGAGAAAAGAAAAGGAGAGAUAGCGAUGUCUAAAGAAAAAAUGGAAGAAAAAAGGGUUUUUGUGGGUCUGAUAAAACAAGAAGCAAAACACUUGUUUAGGUUAGGAGAGGUAGAAGAAGCUGCUUUGAAGUAUAGUGAAGCACUGGAGGCGUGCCCAUUAAGGCUUAAAAAUGAGAGAAUGGUUCUCUACAGCAAUAGAGCUCAGUGUCAUUUGCUUCUUAGAGACGCAGACGGUGCCAUCAGGGACUCAACUCGAGCUCUUUGCCUCUCCACUCCACCAAACUCUCACAGUAAAAGCCUUUGGAGAAGAUCACAGGCUUACGACAUGAAAGGUCUGGCUAAAGAAAGUUUGAUGGACUGUAUAAUGUUCAUCCAUGGCUGUAUCAAAUCAGAGAGGAGCAAACAUGUGAAGAUUCCAUACUAUGCAGCACGUAUGGUCAGCAAGCAUAUGGAUGCCACAUGGCUUUUUGCUAAUUCCCGGUUAAAGAUAUCAACCAGUCAAGUGAAUAAUGCUAGCAAUGACGAGCAACGGUAUGAUGAAAUGAUGAAGAUGGUAAUGGAGAAAAAAAGCUACUUAUCUGGUCUGUCCACAAUUUUUGAAGAACCUAUUCACGUAAAAGGAGGAAGUAGGAGAGAGCCAGGAAGGGCAAGAAGAAGAAAGAAAGAUGUUUGUAGCUCGAUGAAUGUGAAGUAA